AUGGCGUCCACCAAGCCGUCGUACCUCAUCGUCGGAGCCGGUGUGUUUGGCGUGUCCACCGCCUACCACCUGCUCAAGAAGUAUCCCGAUGCAUCCGUAACCAUGGUUGAUCGGGACGCCUUCGACGCAGACAACCGCUGCGCCGCCUCGUGGGACUGGAACAAGGUGGUGCGCGCCGACUACGACGACUUCGUCUACUGUAAACUCGCCCUCGAGGCCCAGGACGUCUUCGAGACCGACCCCGUCUGGCAGCCGUACUUUACCAAGACGGGCGUCUACUGGAUGUGCCGCAGCGACUACGCCCAGGACGUCAUCAAGAACCACCAGAAGCUCGGCCGCGGCGACGACAUCUCCGCCGUGCCCGUUGCCGAGGCUCGCAAGCUGUACGGCGGGCUCUUUGCCAACGCCGACUACAGCGACGUCAAGGAGGUGCUCAUCAACAAGUCCAGCGGCUGGGCUGCGGCCGGCGACGCCCUGCGCGCCAUCACCCGCGAAGCCAUCAAGCUCGGCCUCCGCUACGUGACGGCCGAAGUCGAGACGCUGCAGUUCGACAACGCCGGUGCUUGCCGCGGAGUCAAGACGAAGUCCGGCGAUGUGUUGACGGCUUCGCACGUUAUCCUCUGCACGGGAGCAUACACAUCCAGGCUGUUGGAGUACAGCGCUGCGAGCAGUGGCCUCACUGGGCUGCGAGAUGAGGGCAGGAUUGUGGCGGGUGGUAUCACGACGGGAAUGAGAAAGGUCGAGGACCCAACAGAAUACGCAAAGUUUGCGGCCAUGCCUGUGGGCUUCCAGGGAUACACCGCCGAAGUUGGCGGCUUCAUUGGCAGUCUUCCCCCGACUCCCGAUACCCACGAGAUGAAGUGGUGGGGACAGACCAUCUUCAAGAACACAAAGGAAGUGUUGCCUGGCCGUCACAUUUCAAUGCCGCCCUCGGGGCAGGACUACUCGCAGUGGAAUGUCUCCAAGGCCCUCAAGCAAGACAUCAAGCACGCAUCCGAGGUGUUUUACGGAAAGGAGACCGACAACUGGACGUUCGGCAAGCACCGCAUCUGCUGGGACGCCUUCACCUCCAGCGGCGACUUCAUCAUCUCCCCCCACUCGGCCGCCAAGGGCCUGUACCUGGCGACGUGCGGCUCGUUCCACGGCUACAAGUUCUUCCCGGUGCUGGGCAAGUACAUCCUGCAGAUGCUGGAGGGCGAGCUGUCGGCCGAGUUGGCGCAAAAAUGGGCCUGGGACCGCGUGCGGCCGGAUGCGGCGCUGAACCCGGAGUACCCGCGGGCGGAGAUGAAUGAUUUGUUAGACACGGUUGCGCGGUUGUAG